ACCAAGUAGAUAUCACAUAUCACCAAGAGAUCAUUGUUUUACUUUCUUCGUGAUUUUAUGUUAAAACAUUUUCGGUAUGAAGAUCAGUGUAUGGUUUUUUCCAGACCUUUAAAAGGCUAUCUACAUAUCUAUCUACCUAGUAUUUAUCGCAUUCACAAGAUUUUGUUCUUCGAAUUCGCCAUGGCGGUUCUGACUUUCACACUCACCCCGGAAGCUCUGGGAAGAUUGCAUGAUGCACUCGUGUGUCUUGGAAAAUUCAGUGAAGCCGUAUCUAUCGAAGCUACUCAUAGCAGGGUGAAAUCAAAUAUCCCAUUAUCAUAUAAUUAGAUUGCUAAAGUCUUUACAGCUCAUUUUGACCACACUCAACUCCACAAAGUCAGCUUAUGCUUCCUUCACCUUGGUGGGAAAUAAAUUCUUCUCCAAGUACCAAUAUACGCCAGCGCGUAGUGGUCGUCAAACACAGGAAAAGUUUAGCUGCAAGAUUUACAACAAAGUACGUCUGUGGCUUGAUACGCCAUCAGGAUUGUUAGUUGAUUAUUUGAUAGGCCUUAUUAGCUGUUUUUAAGGGUCGUAUUGGGGGUGAUGCUUCCAAGGAAAAGGACACUGCCAUUGAAAAGUGUGACGUGUCAAUUGAGGAUGGAGACGGGGCAACAAAAAGUCGUUUCACUGUGAGAAUUUUAUGCAGGCAUGGUAAAUGAAUGAAUCACGAUGGUGGAUUGUAUUCUUGCUAACGACAGCACCAAAAUUAGGGGUGUUGAAGAUUUACCGACUGAAUUUCGAAGCCGUCCCCCCUCUGCAUGCGCUGUUCUCAAGGGAUGCGGCUAGUAAUAGCUGGUCGAUAUCUUCAAAAACAAUGCGCGAGUUUGCAGAGCAUUUUGGGCCGGGGACUGAACAACUCGAAAUUUUUUCUACCGGGAGCCGCGUGAGCCUGACCAGUUUUACAGAAAAAAUUAUGUCCGGGAACGGCAAGUCUCACCAUUUCAACCUCAUAACUUAUGCAAAAUAUUCAUUUUUUUUAUAGCGGUCUUGAAGCAGCCUUUGCGCACCACAAUAGCCGUGGAAACCUUAGAAUUCGUCGAGUUCAGCGUCGAAGAGCAGCUUCGUAUUGUUAUCAGCGUCAAAGAUUUCAAGUCAAUCAUCGCUCAUGCCGGGAUAACCAACACAAACAUCACAGCUUUAUACUCAAAUCCUUCAAGUCCAAUGCAGCUUACGUACAGUGAGGAUGGAAUGCAGUGCGAAUUUAUCCUUAUGACAACCGGUGAGGCAAGGGCGGCAUCUGCAAUACCAGCGACAAAUGUGGUUCGAGCUUUAAAAGGACCAGCUGUAAGACAGACCUUGGAGGCCACAUCGAGUUUGAAAAGAAGUAGAUCUGGCUCCGAGAUGGCUGCACCAGUUAAUUUAGAACAAAAUCCGGUUCGAGAGACCACGAGGAGAAAGAUUUCUAGGCCUUCUCCUCCACCUCCCCAACCUAGCAUUCAAUCGCAAGCGCUGUUUAUGCCGGCGAACGAUGACGACCGUAGAUGGGACCCUGUUGAUUAUGAGUAUGAGGACAAUGAAAUGUUAUUGUGGGAUGCAAAUGUAGAUGUAAGUUUGGUGAAGACCUGCCCGAAGCUAUUUCUAACACUUCACAGGAAUCCUCGGCUAGUGAUCCAAGUCGCCGAUUACAAGAGACUCAGAACAAAAGUAACCCCAAGGAUUCGGAGGUACCCAGCGAAAAAUAUAUAACCGUGCCAACACAACGUGUGGCACCAACUCAGCGACUAUCACAAGUAAGUCACCAAACUCUUAUAGCCAGGAAGCUUAUUAACGUGUUAGGUUCGUGGUAUGUUUGAUGAGUGAUAUCUUGGGGUAGGCGUUCAUAGAUAGAGACCUCAACGAGCUACAAGACUGCUCGGAUCUUACAAAAUGGGCCGGGUCCGGGAAUGACCUUGAAGAAUGCAGCCCGCAUACUCAUGCUGACAACUGGGUAUGUCGGAAUCUCGGGUCCUAGGCAAAUAGCCCUUGAGGGACUAGCGGGUAGCUUGUGAGAAUAAUGAUUUGUCCACCUUGCGUAGGCUAUCAUGAGUUGAGGCAGAUCCAGCUUGUAGCACACCCGGCGCCGAUAUAUGAGAUUUUUGCUUCCACUGGCAUGUAUUUAGUAGACGCCACUACAUUCCAGGUGUCCUUCACAUCUCCAUCUUUAGUUUUCGGUCCGCAAUUUCCGUGCU